AUGCACGCUCGAUCGAUCAUCACUGCCUUCGGCUUGGGGUUCUUGGCUCUGGGAGCUGAGGCUCGCUGCAAGCACUCCUCCAGGACUGCUGCCUCCGCGGUUACCUCAGCCGCUUCGGUGCCAUCCUCGUCAUCUGUGCCCGUCGUUUCGACCACGCUUCAAACCUCGACCCGUCCUGCGACCACGGCUGCCCAGCCAACCACCACCUCAAUCACUCUCCCCAAACCUGAGUUCUUCGACCCCGUCUUCACCCCCGCGUAUGGCGCCGAGUUUGCCUACGGUUCGAACUUAGAAAUCACCUGGGGUUACGAUCCCUACUACGCCGGCACCAUUAAGAUCACCCUGAUUGGCGGCCCUACCCAAGGAACCCAGCAGCCUCUUGGUGUCAUCGCCUCUGGCCUCGACAACAGCCUUGGCAAGUAUACCUGGACCAUCAACAACGAUUUCGUCGGCGCCAAUGCUUUCUACGGAUUCUCCAUUCUUUACGAGAAUGACGGCGUCACCUCCCAGUACUCGAACCCUUUCCACAUUAAGCACUAG